AUGCUGCACGUCGUUCCAAUCCCAGCUCUGUCUGACAAUUAUAUGUACUUGCUGAUCGACAAGAAAACCAAUGAUGCAGCUUUGGUGGAUCCGGUAGAAGCAAAUAAGGCAAUUACAAAGUCGAAAGAAAAUAAUGCCACCGUGCGUUGUGUACUUACCACACAUCACCACUGGGAUCAUUCUGGCGGAAAUGAAGAAGUCCAUAACAUUCUGCCAGAAGCGACGAUAUACUCCGGCGCAGAACACGCAUCGUACCCUUUCGAGCAAGUUUCCGACGGGAAAAUAAUCAAGAUUGGCUCUUUGCAAGUGAAAUGUUUGAUGACACCUUGUCAUACGAAAGAUCAUGUAUGCUAUUAUGUUGAAGACAGCGAUGGUCAAAAGGCGGUGUUUACUGGGGAUACGCUGUUUAUCGCAGGCUGUGGAAAAUUUUUUGAAGGCACAGGUGAAGAAAUGUAUAACUCGCUAGUGAAAAAACUUGGUGCCCUUCCGGACGAUACGAAGGUUUACUGCGGCCAUGAAUAUACUGCCAGCAACUUGAAAUUUGCUAUGCAUGUAGAACCGUCGAAUGCGGAAAUUGCAAAGAAACUUCAGUGGGCGCAGGUAUGCUGUUCAAAAUGGUUAUACAAUGUUUAUUUAUUUUUAUCAGAAAAUGGAGGCUGA